UUUAGGGUUAGCCCUAAAUUUUGCCCUUCUAAGUCAGAGGGGGAUUUAGGGCUCUUGGGCUAUGGCGCACGCUGCCGUGGAGGGUUUGGAGGUCGCGGCAGCUGUGGCCGAGCUCGCCGAUGCCGCCAUGGGAGCAUACGAGCGUCGCAAGCACCACGCCGUGGCGGUGCAGCGGGAUGCCGAGGAAGCGCUGGUGAAGGAAAGGGCCGAGAAUGACAAGCUUCGCUCGGCGCUCGACAUGUACAGGGAUGUGAUCCAGGAAUUCUCGUCCAGGGGAUUGCUGGAGCAUAUGCAUCAGUUGAAUGGGAUGGAUCCGGAUCAGCUGUGUGAUAAACUCAAAGAGCGAGUCGAUUCUCCCGAGUUUUUGGAGAAACUGGGAACGAUUGUCUUGUCCAAAGACAAGGAGGAUGGCGAGAAGGAGAACACUUGGGUUGUCUUGGAUGGGAUGGAGGGGGCCGAGGAUUACGUUGUGAUCACUCAAGAGGAUAUUGUCGAUAGCAUUGCCUCGUACAUGGCAAAGUACCUCGCAACUCAACCCAAAGCUCAGAACAUGUCUCCGGAUGAACUGCAAAAUGCUCUUAGCAAAGCGUUUUCCGCCAAGGACAAGCCGGGAUUCUUUCGGAGGCUUUGGGGAGCCGGCAAAGUAAUGUACACGAUCGCGUCUUGGACUGCCACUGGCGUGGGGCUAUACAGAAACCCGGUCCUUGUUCGAGCAGCUUUCAUGGCAAUUCGAACAACAGUGACUCUUCUCCUCAGACUUCUUCGCUAAAAGGCGAGGAACAAAAUUCGCAAAUCAAUCGAGCCGAAGCUAAAAAGCUUGUAAAAAAUCUGUACAUUAUGAUUUCUUAGCGGUUACAACGAUGAAAAUGGACGAUGAAUGGAAGACUAAAAAACCUUAAUGGAUUUCUUCUUAUAAAA